CUGAUUAUUUUCCUUUUACAAACAAAAAGUUUACGAAGUCUUACAGCCAUUUAUCUCACUGUUUAAAGCAAUGUAGCAAACACAUUUGGCUGGAAGACUCUUCAAAUGUGUGAACUAUAUAAAACUGCCCGUUCAGCUCUCCAGAAACAUGGACUGGUUGAUGGGGAAGGGGAAGAAAAAGCCUGCUGAACCAGAAGUAAAAGAGAACAAACCGUACUUAGAGGAACAAUAUGUUAAAAGUUUUAUCAGAGAAAUAUCAGAAGUCAGAGAACUUGUGCCUCUCCCACCAAGUAUUGACCUUAAUGAAUGGCUGGCAUCAAACACUUUAGCCUUCUUUAACCAAAUUGACUUAUUGUAUGGAAGUGUCAGUGAGAGAUGUACCACAACAACCUGUCCUACCAUGUCAGCACCUGGCUCUGUAACUUACUUUUGGCAUGAUGACAAAGGAAAGAAAACUACCAAAACAAAUGUUUCUGCACCUCAGUACAUUGAUUUGGUUUUGACAUGUAGUCACAAGUAUCUUCAUGAUGAUGCUGUGUUUCCAACAAAAUAUGGUCUGACAUUUCCGGCAACAUUUCUGACAACAGUACGGAAAAUUUUCAAGCUUCUAUUUCAUGUGUUGGCCCACAUGUACUAUGCACACUUCAACAACUUAUUAAACCAUGGACUACAAUCUCACAUUAAUACAGUUUUGAUGAACUUUUUUUUGUAUCACCAAGAAUUUAACUUGUUGGAUCCAAAGGAAACUGCACCAUUGGAUGACCUUCUUCAAGCAAUGGGUUUAAUAAAUCAAAGUUAGUUUUUUAAAAUAUCUUGUACGGGUACAGCUGUAUGUAUUUUAGAUAAAAGAUCUGUCUUCAUUAAGUAACUAUAUUUUCCCAAUUGGUGGUGUUCAUAUUUGUGAGAAGCCCUGAAACAAAAGUUGCUCCAAAUUUUAAUUUAAUUCUAAAAAAAUAAAAGUUUGUUUUAUUUUUUAGCAUUAGACAAGUAUGUUUUAAAUUGGCUACUGUUGAAUGAUAAUUUAAUUAGGUAAAGGUCUCAUCUCUCUCUCUCUUAGGAACUUAAUAUUGUUUACACCCUUACUGUGUGCUAUACAUUUCUUGCGUUUUGCUAAUUCUUAGAGUUUGGCUUAAAGGAAACCUCCACUGAUGGAACAAACUUUUUGUUUAAUUAUCAAACUUAUCUUUUAAGUUGAAAGUUUUUGCCUUAAAUAGAAAUUAACUACAGUUGAACCCAGCAAAUUCAACUUUCUUGAAGGGAAACAAAAGGUAGAGCUAGUGGGAGUUUGAGUUAGCCGACAGUAAAUGACUUUAAAAAUUGGUGGUAGGGAAAUGGGGUUUUGUUCAAGUUACCCAAUGGUUUGACUUAGUAGAGUUCAAGUUAGUGGGAUUCUACUGUACUUUGUGCAAGAUAAAUUGGGAAAAGAUGUUGCCAGUUUUCAAACUGGAAUUCUGUGUGUUUCCAUGUUGAAUUGUGUGGUGUGUUUCGGAUGCCACUGUUAUCUGCAGGAUACCCCUUGGACUCUGUGGACAGAAGAGCUAUAACAUCAAAUGUGCCAAAAUGGUGCCUUCCAGGAAAUUGAAGCACAAGUUUUGCUUAUAUUUGUUGACAGGUUUUAUACAUUUCAAUUCUUGUUUCCCAAUUCUUCAAGGUUGGAGGUUUCCUUUAAAUUUAAGAUCUUCUUAACUAUAUAUUUGUUUUGUUUUCCUCUGAGUUUGUGAGUCGUUUGAAUGAGGAUUUUUCACUACUGUAACAAUAUUAUUUUUAAAUAAGUUUCUAAUAUUGUUCUCUCCUGAUAGUGAAAGGUUUAGUCAUGUAUACUAAUUUUAAAGGUUGAUGUAGUUUUAAGAAGUAAAUAUUAUUUAUAAUAGUUAUUAGCUCAAAAUUUGAGGGAUUCUGGUGAUAGUAAACAUGUACUAUGUAGAUUGGUCAGUUAGACCUUGUUAACUAUCAGUAGUUUAUGUUUGGCAAAAGAAAUGCCUUUCACAACAACUUAGUUGGUGUCUGUUUUAGAAUUUGUUACUGUCCAGUUUAAAAUCUUUUCAAAACAUGAUUCUGCUUACCGUAGGGUUAACUAAUGUCAGCCUUCAGUUCUACUUUGAGAUAUCAGUCUGAUUGAUUUUCUACAAAAGGGAUUUAUGUACUUAUCAGCUUUAAUUGUAAAGACACUCUUGCUUGUUGAUUUGAACUAAAUGUACCCUUUAACUCCCAUGAUCUGAUUGUUUUUUCUCCCCUCUAGCUGCUACACAUUUUCUUGUAAAUUAUUUACUGAGAAUUUGGUGCAAGAUCAAGGUCAAACUUAUGCCUGAUAAGUCUGAAUAUUCUAAUCACCUGUCUGUGAGAUAAUGAAUGGAUAUUAUAAGGAGAGGUUGCAUGAUACUCAGUCAUGGGAGUUUAAGGUUAAGAAACAUUUGUGAAGAAAUGGUGAUUAAGUUGCUACUGUAAGUUAUGCUUUAGAAGCUCCUCACUUCAGUUAGUUUCUGCUAUUCAUAGGUUUAAGUCAAGUUCCUUUUUUUACAUUUUAAAGAGCAAUUCAGUAGUAAGGUGUGUCAGAUAACACUUGCAUGGUUGUGCUUCACCUUGAUGGUGGAGUGUUUUUGUCGCUGGUCACGACAAAUGCAUGAAAAUUGACAAUGUCAUCUUCCUCAACUGAUUCUUUUUGGCCAAUAUGUUGAUUUUUCUACUCAGGCAUGCUUUGCUUUGUAGUUACAACCCUGUGGCAUUACACCUACGGUUUGCGAAGAAUAAAGUCAGUGAAAUGAA